GGGUCACAAUCCCGGAACUUAUCCAGUAAUCGUAAAUUGCAAACUGUCUGCAUUUAAACAUUGUUAAUCAAUAUUCUAAACUUGUUACAACAACAACCUGAAUGCUAUUUAGUCCAUAUUCACACACACCAACCCCAAAACCCCCAUUCUCCCACCCACAUUAUAACUCUUCUCUUCUAUUCUCUUCAUUUCAUUCCACCGUCACACAGAAACGACGUCGUCGAAGCGUCGAAGAGAAGAAAUGAAGACGGAGAAGAAAUCACUGUUACAAGAUCUUAUUGAAAUUUCCGGUGGUUGUGUUGUUACUGAUGGAGGAUUCGCCACACAGCUUGAAAAACAUGGUGCUUCCAUCAAUGAUCCUCUUUGGAGUGCUAUUUCUUUGAUCAAAGAGCCACAUCUUAUCAAAAAGGUUCACUUGGAAUAUUUGGAGGCUGGUGCAGAUAUAUUGGUUACUUCAUCUUACCAAGCUACACUUCCUGGAUUUUUGUCCAGAGGGCUGUCAAUUGAAGAAGGGGAAUCUCUAUUACAGAGGAGUGUUAAGUUGGCAGUUGAAGCUCGGGACGGUUUCUGGAUAUCGGCUAAAAGAAAUCCGGAAAACAGAUAUAGAAAAGCUUUGGUUGCUGCCUCCAUUGGAAGCUAUGGGGCUUAUCUUGCUGAUGGAUCAGAGUAUAGGGGACUGUAUGGACCAGAUGUGAAUUUGGAGAAGUUGAAGGAUUUUCAUCGCCGUAGGUUGCAAGUUCUUGUUGAAGCUGGUCCUGAUUUGCUUGCUUUUGAGACCAUUCCAAACAAACUUGAAGCUCAGGCCUUUGUUGAAUUAGUUGAAGAAUUAAAUGUCGAAAUCCCAUCUUGGAUCUGUUUUACAUCUGUAGAUGGCGAAAAUGCUCCUUCAGGAGAGAGUUUCCAAGACUGUCUUGAAGUAGUAAAUAAGAGUAGCAAAGUAGAGGCAGUUGGUAUAAACUGUGCACCUCCCCAUUUUAUAGAAAGUCUCAUCUCCAAAUUUAAGCAGUUGACGAAAAAGGCAAUCAUUGUUUAUCCAAACAGCGGAGAAGUAUGGGAUGGUAUCGCGAAAAAAUGGCUUCCAUCCAAGUGUUUUCAUGAUGAUGAUUUUGGAUUUCACGCAACAAGAUGGCGUGAUUUAGGAGCUAAAAUAAUAGGAGGUUGCUGCCGGACUACACCCUCCACCAUUCAAAUUAUUUCAAAUGCUUUAAGAAAUAAUAUUUAGUUGUGCUCAUUUUCUUCAAUUUGGAGAUUUUGUCUUAGGCAUUUUCCUUAUUUUGAAGUUUUAAAUUUUAGUUGUUUAAGUUUAUCCCAUGAUGAGAGUUACCUGUGGAAAAUUUUGGCGUAAAUCUUAUACUGGAGUUGUGUAGUGUCUCAGACAAUGGAGUUGCUGCAAUGCAAAGUAAAGUCAAAUGCCUUUCUAAUUCACGUGAAUUCAUGUCAAAUUCACGUUAUACAAUUAAGUAUACAAUACUCUAAUGCAUAAAUUUACAUACAUGAGUUCAAACUCAACAUAUAACACUAUUAUAAAAUGUUUUCAUUAUGAUCUAGGCGGUGAGUAUUCUUUUAAUAAAUUUUCUGAGUUGCUUGUUUAUAAUGGUGCUAUUUACCAGACUUCAUGUAUCAAUAUAAAAUGGCCAUGUAUCAAUACAAAAUGGCGUUGCUAGAACAAAACAUCGUCAUAUUUUUGAAACUGCUCGUUCUCCUUUUUGCCUGUUUUAGUUUCAAAUGAGUUUUGGGGUGACCCUAUUCGUACAGCUGUGUUAGAAGUUGUAAUUCAAUGGUUAGUAUAGUAUUCGAUAGACAUUUUGUUCGACUGUGUUGAAGGACUUUGCCGAAGUAGUUAGUCGACAGGGUCGAAUACGACAUUUAGCUGUUGUGUCAAAGUCAAAAUAUAACUUGUAUAUUUUGAGCUUGGAUUGUAAUUGGGCUUAGGUUGUGAGUUUGGGUCUGGGCAUUGAUAGCUUACAAAUAGGCAAUACGUGUAUAGUUUCAUGUAUAACUAUUCAUAAUAGCAAUA